GCCAGCUCCUUGGGGCAAGUUCCUGUCUGACUAUCCCGGUCUCCCUUUCUCCUGACCCGCCCCUGGCGUCCCCUAAGUGGAGGCUUUGCUGGUUCCUCGGGUUCCUGCUGACUGUCUGAGAUGAGCCCAGGAGACCAAGUGAUAGUGGCCAACCCCCGCUACCUGGGCCCCAGGUGUCUAUGAUGUUUGAAGAUGUGGCCGUGUACCUCACCCAAGAGGAGUGGGGCUGCCUGGGCCCUGCUCAGAGAGGUCUCUAUAAGGACGUGAUGCUGGAGAAUUAUGGGAACCUGGUCUCACUGGGAUUUCCAGUGUCCAAACCUGACGUGAUCUCCCAGCUAGAGCGAGGGGAAGAGCCAUGGGUUCUCAACAUGCAGCAGAGGGCAGAAAAGAGAGAGAUUUUGAGAGGCAGCUGCUCAGGCACCCAAGGAUGGGUUAACUUGGUGUCUUCUGACUGCUAACCACCUAUUCUCCUUCUAAGCCCUUAUGGAAUGGAAUUUGGUUUCAUACAAUCUUCACCCCACCUGUCUCUUCUUGAAGCAAACACAAAGCCCUCUUGAGAU